GUGCAAUUUUAGCAAGAAUGGCAUCGAAACAACACAUUAAAGAAACAAUUAAUGCGUUAUGCAAGAUACUUCUACAGAAUGCAGGCACAAAAAUAACGCCGGAGCAAUUUAGGCUCGCGAAAUUCGACAAAAAUGAAGUUGCAGGAGUGAUGUGGAAAUUACUUUUUGAAACAAUUUGGUUUCUAAAAUUUAACACAUUCCGAACUACUGAAGACUUUAACGGUGACCAGAAUCGAGAUAUGAUCUUGUGGACUAAACACGAGCUUCUUGAAAGGGGAUAUUAUAUUAAGGCUUUUUAUGAUUUACCAGAGGACAUGAGUUUUGGCAGUAGGGAAAUUUUGCUUGCUUUUGGCUGGUUGGUGUCAAAAUCAAAACUUCUACAUCUUUUUCUAGACAACUGUAAUAAUAUGUUUGAAGAAUGUUUACCAAUAGAUUGGGAAUUAUCGAUUGGACCACGCCCAUCAAAUUCAAAAAAAUCUGAGAAAUUUUCUAAUAAUUAUUCAAAUAAAACUGAAGAAAUUGUUAACAUAGACCAGCUUUCUUGGAUGGUAGGAAAUUUGACACUAACUUUCAAAGGGUUGUUCACAGCUGAGAAUCAAUUAGCAUCCUUGGUUGGCAAAGUGCAUUCGGCAACCAAAGGUGCAGACACGCCCAAAGGACAUCUUUCGGCUUUAGAAGUGUUCCUACUCCGACACCCAAAGGAACUUGCAAGAUUUAUGGAAAAAACUCGGCAGUAUUCUACAUAUCUUGAAAAUUUAUUGACAUUUGUUGAAAUGCAAGAUGUGUUUUGGAGAUGGUUAGAAAGCGUCUACGAGGCCAAGAUUUUGGAAUGCAACGACACGGAAAGUUUGACGUGGAACAGUAAGAAACCUUGUCGAACAUGCUGUGAAAUUUCAGAUGAAAGAUUGUUGGGUAUUUGUAAUAUUCAGGCUGAAAUUCAGAAAGCUAUUGAUGAGAAUGAAAGGCGGUGCACAGCAACGUAUGAACAAGCAACAUCAGAUGAGUUGCAAUCAAUAUGCCAAACAAAAUUGCAAGAACUAAACAAAAAAAUACAAACUUUGACACUAAAUGAGAAACCUCAAUCCAAACACGCUGAAGUGCAAACAUUUCCAGAACUAAAGCAUGUUAAUAUAGCCAGUGGCGGAACGAAACAGUCGGGGCAAAGCUCCGCUCAGCAAGAAAUUGAUGUAUUAAGAGUAAAACUUUCAGAGCUGGAAUUGAAUCUUAUAGAAGUUAGAAAUGAACAUUUUGAUAUUUUAAAUGACUUAGUUGGGAAUUUAGAAGAUUCUGUCUUUAUCCCUCCAAUUGGGAAUUGUAAAUACACAGAGCUUAGAAAUAAAUGAUAGAAUUGAUAGCACCUGAAGUCUGUGGAAUAAAGACUUUUCUCAAUGUCACCAUCUGCAACUUACA